AUGUCGGAGGAGGAAGAGAGCCGCUUCUCUGAAGACCCCAGGGCGAGGUUUGUGGGACAGAAGGUCGUCCAGAUGCUGAGAGUCCGAGCAGAACUCUGGGACAGGUUCUGCUCAGAGGAGCAAAAUCAGAACCUUCUCAGUGACUUCUUUGAGAACCCAGUCAGAGUGAUGAUCUUCAGCGCCUCCUCCGUCCUCACUGCGUCCACUGAGGUGUGUUGUAUGCCUGGGAGUAGGUUUUUUUACGUUCUGAAGAAGGAGAACGUCCCCGUCCUCUCUGAGAACUGCCGGAACGUUCUGCUGUUUGGGCUGCUGUCACCGUCUCUGCUCACGCAGCUGUCAAACAGUGUGGACAAGGUCUGUCUGCCGCUUUUGUCGAACAAGAAGAAUCACCUGACGUGGCCGAGCGUGAUUUCCCAGGACGUGACGAGACACGUGGAGACGCUAUCGAGCAAGGUGACGGUGGUGAACGGAGAGAUCCACGGCAGAACCGUCCUCCCUGUUACCGCGGUGACGGAGAGGCUAGAGAGGCGUCCGGCGGCCGACAUCAGGCUUCAGGACUGUCAUGACGGGAGGACAGUCAUGCACGCCAUUGAGUCCAUGGUCAUUAACUGGACCCAUCUGAUUCAAAAAGUCCUAAAGGAAGAUUCUGCAGAGCUCAUCUUGAAGGGGCUGAACCCGGGACCGGGCGCUGAGCUUCACUUCUGGAGAUCUAGAAAAAAGAACAUCCAGAAUAUCUACGAUCAGAUUCAGAGCCCUGAGAUUCAGAAGAUGGUGAGAAUCCUGGAAGCGGCCGACAGCAGUUAUUACCCGUCUUUUAAAGCGCUGACCGAGGAGGUCUCUGACGCCUUACAGAAAGCGAGAGAUGUGGAUCUGCACCUUCAGCAGCUUCAGCCACUCUUGUUCCACGUAGAAGAGGUGGAGUUCUCAUCUCUGCAUCGGCUCAUCCGUCCACUCUUCCACCUCAUCUUUCUGGUUUGGACCCACUGCUCGUCGUACCGUGCGCCGGCCCGCAUCGUGGUGCUGCUGCAGGAGCUGUGCAACCUGAUCAUUCAGCAGGCCUCCUCCUACCUGAGAGCUGCGGAGCUGCUGAGAGGAGACACUGAGGAGACUCUGGAGAAGCUCCAGGUGGUGCUGAAGCUCCUGACGUGCUUUAAGGAGAGUUUCCAAGCCUACAGAGGCAGAGUGAGCGUCUGGGCCGGCGCUGGAGGCAUAAGCAGCUGCUGGGAUUUCCCGUCGGCUCUGGUCUUCACUCGGUUUGACAGCUUUCUGGCUCGAGUGCUGCUGUUGGAGGAUCUUUUCUCCACCAUGCUGGAGCUGCAGAAGCUGGAGAAGCUGAUCUUCGGAGGCGUUAAGGGCAGAAUGUUCACCGAGCAGGUUUCUCUGCUGCUCUCAGAGUUUCAGCAGCUCUGUAAAGGAAUCACGGACAAAGAUUAUGACCCACUGGACCUAACGUCCCAGGAGUUUGAGGAGGACUGUGAGCUCUUCAGAGAGGAGGUGGCAGGUUAUGACCGGCGGCUCGGGAACAUCUUCUGCUCUGCGUAUAGAGACUGUUCAGGACUGGAAUCUGUUUACAAACUCUUGGCUGUGGUCAGUCCGUUUCUGGACAGAGGGAUUGUUAAGGACUCGUUCACUCCCAGUUUACCCAGACUGGUCCGGCUGUUUGGGGACGAGCUGGAGAGCUGUAAACGCCUGUUUGACCAUCAGCUCCAGCAGAGGAGGAGAGGUCAAGCCCUGCUGUGUAAGAACAUGUCCGCCAUGUCCGGCGCUCUGAAGUGGGCUAAGAUGCUGAGAGCAAGGAUCCAAGCUCCGUGGGAGAAUUUCCGGCUCGUGCUGGACGUGUUCGCUGAAGGAGCAGCUGUGGAGCUGGUGCAGCAUCAGUACCGGGAGAUGUCCACCCUGCUGGACGAGUUUGAGGAGAAGGUUUACUCAGACUGGUGCAGUAACGUGGAACAGAUCUGCCAGCUGAACCUCGACCAGCCGCUCAUCAGGAGAGAUUCAGACACCGGCCUCCUCUCGGUGAACUUUAAUCAGGAGCUGUUAGCCGUCUUGCGAGAUGUGAGGCACCUCCAAAUCCUGGAGCGCAUCAACAUCCCGUCUGCAGCCAUGGAGGUUCACGAGAGGAGAGACAGCUUCCUCACGUGCAUGAGCAGUUUGCAGUUGUUGGUCCAGGCGUACAACAAGGUCCAUCAGGCAGCUGUGGAUGUUGAGGUCUCUCUGAUGAAGGUGGAUCUGGAGGCCAUAGACCAGCAGCUUCAUGGGGCUGAGACUGAGCUGACGUGGCAGCACCAGGGCUGCUGGAGCUACAUCAGCCAGGUGAUGGAUACGGUCUGCAGGCUGGAGCGCAGGAUUCAGAGGGCCAAAGACAAUGUGGAGAUGAUCCAGGAGCUGAUGAAGGGAUGGAGCAAACAGCCGAUGUUCUGCAGGAAGGACAGUAAGAAAGACACGCUGCUGAUGCUGGAGGACAGAGCAGGAAGAGUGGCAAAGAGAUACAGCAGCAUCAGGAGAGAUGGAGAGACCAUCCACCUUCUGCUGCAGGAGAACAGGGACCUGUUUGGAGCAGAAGGUGGCUCAGAGGCCUGGCAGGACUAUGUGGAGUAUGUGGAUGAGAUGGUGGUGGAAGGCUUUUUCAGCGCCGUCUCUCACUCUCUGGAGUUCUUUGUUUAUAAUAUGGAGGUUUCUGUCAGACGUUCUCCGUUUUUAGAGGCUCGGAUGGAGCUCAGCGGCUCUGAGAUCGUCUUCAGACCCUCUAUGGACCCUCACGCCGGAGACGGGUUCUACGAGCUGGUGGAGGGGCUGCUGGCAGACGUGUUCAAGAUGUCUGCUCAGGUCAAACGAGUGGCGCCUCACCUGGACAUGGAGGACUAUCAGGAUGAUAUGGAUGAUAUGCUGGACCUGUUAGACCUGCGGCAGGAAGUGAUGGAGCGAGUGAGCGACGUCGUCAGGAGAGUCUGUCAGUACCGCAGCACGUUCGAGCGCUACUCCCACCUGUGGCUGGACGAGAGGGCCGAGUUCCUCCGGCAGUUCCUCCUUUAUGGUCAGUCUCUCACUGCUGAGGACGUCGAGGCGUACGGAGAAGACGCUUUACCGGAGACUCCGCCCACCACUGACCAGUUCAAACAGCAGAUUGAUCAUUAUGAGGAGCUGUAUGUGGAGGUCAGCAGGCUGGAGGAUGGGCGCGUGUUUGAGGGCUGGUUUAAGGUGGAUACUCGUCCGUUUAAGAUGAGUCUUUUAAAUAUGAUCAAAAAAUGGAGCUGGAUGUUCAAGGAGCACCUCGUAUCAUACGUCACUGACAAUGUUGCAGAGCUGGAGGAGUUCAUCGUGAGGGCAGACUCAGGACUGAGGGAGCCGGUGAGGGGUGGAGAUCGUCAGGCUCUGGUGCAGGUUAUGGGCUGCUUGCUGGCAGUCAGACACAGACAGUCCAGUACAGAUCAGCUGUUUGAGCCUCUGAGGGCUGUGGUCAGUCUCCUGGAGCAGUACGGAGAAGCCAUGCCUGAGAACAUCUACCUGCAGCUGGAGGAACUGCCUGAGAGAUGGAGCAGCGUUAAGAAGCUUGCCUGGACGGUGAAGCACGAGGUGGCUCCUCUGCAGAACGCUGAAGUGGCCGUCAUACGCAGGAAGUACGGAGCUUUCAAGGUGAAGCUGAGUCAGUUUGAAGAAAGGUAUAGAACCGAAGCUCCUCUCCAGUACAGCGCGGAGAACCCGUACUCUCAGCUGGACAAAUGCUAUUGUGAGCUGGUGACUCUGGAGCUGGAGCUGGUGGAGCUGCAGGAGAGCUGUAAGCUGUUUGAAGUGAGCAGCCCGGACUUCAGGCAGCUCAGGAUGUGGAGGAGAGAGAGUUCCACCUUAAAGCAGCUGUGGGACCUGCUGCUGUGUGCUCAGAGUUGCAUUGCAGGCUGGGCUCUGUCGGCCUGGAGGGAGAUUAAUGUGGACGAGAUGGACGCAGAACUCAGGAGGUUUACAAAAGAAAUGCAGGUUCUUGAUAAAGAGGCUCGCGGCUGGGCCGUGUUUGUGGGUCUGGACUGCAGACUGAGAGACCUGAUGACCUCACUAAGGGCCGUGGCUGAGCUGCAGAACACAGCCAUGAGAGACAGGCACUGGACACAACUGGUUAAGGCUACUGGGGUGGACCUCACCCUGACCAAGAGAAGCACCCUCGCAGACUUACUGGCUCUGCAGCUACACAUGUAUGAAGAGGAGGUUCACGGCACGGUGGCCAGAGCAGUCAAAGAGAUGGCCAUUGAAAAGAUGUUGGGUGAGAUCAGCCAGACGUGGGCGCUGAUGGAGUUUGCUUAUGAGGAGCAUUUCCACACCUCCACUCCACUGCUGAAGUGUGACGAUGAGCUCAUUGAGAGGCUGGAAGAGCAUCAGGUGCAGCUGCAGGCCAUGUCGCAGAUGAAGCAGGUGGAGUUUUUCCAUGGGCAGGUGCAGGUUCUGCAGACCCGCCUCGCUCGUGCUGAGUUGGUGCUGGUGCUGUGGUUAGAAGUGCAGAGGAGCUGGGCUCACCUGGAGAGCGUCUUCAUCUGCUCAGACGACAUUCAGCACCAGCUUCCCGCCGACACGCUCCGGUUCCACUCCGUUAACUCCGACUUUAAGGAUCUAAUGUUUAAAAGCUCUGAAAUCAAGAACGUGAUCGCUGCCACCAACAGGCCACGUCUUCUGGAGACUCUCGAGGAUUUACAGCUGAGGCUUGCUGUGUGUGAGAAGGCACUAGGCAAAUAUCUAGAAUCGAAGAGAAUAGCGUUCCCUCGCUUCUACUUCAUCUCCUCUGCUGACUUACUGGAUAUGCUGUCCAAAGGCAGCCAGCCUAAACAGGUCACCCAUCACCUCGCAAAGCUGUUCGACAGCCUGGCCGACCUGCAGUUCGGAGUGACGGACGCGGUGGCCGAGGGGAUGUUCAGCGCUGAGAGAGAAUACGUGCCCUUCUUCACCCGGUGUGACUGCGACGGCCCGGUGGAGCUGUGGCUGAGCCGGGUGGAGGAGGCGAUGAGGGGGGCGGUGAGGAGGCAGAUGGCUGAGGCCGUGAGCGUGUAUGAGGAGCGUCCGCGGGAGCAGUGGGCUUUAGAGCGUCCAGCCCAGCCGGCCCUGACCGCCACGCAGGUCUGGUGGACGGCUGACGUGGAGCUGGCCUUUCAGCGCAUGGCGGAGGGCUUUGACACGGCGCUGCGGGACUACAGCAGGAAACAGGUCACUCAGCUGAACUCCCUGAUAAGCAUGUUGUUGGGGGAGCUGAGUCCAGCGGACAGGCGGAAGAUCAUGACCAUUUGCACCACUGAUGUCCACGCCAGAGAUGUGGUGUCCAAACUCAUCAAUCAGAAGGUGAGCAGCGGUCAGGCCUUCACCUGGCUCUCUCAGCUCCGGCACUGCUGGGAUGAAGAACAGAGACACUGCUUCAUCAGAAUCUGCGACGCCCAGUUUCUCUACUCCUACGAGUACCUGGGCAACAGACCGCGGCUGGUCAUCACCCCGCUGACGGACAGGUGCUACGUGACCCUGACCCAGUCUCUGCACCUGACCAUGAGCGGAGCCCCCGCAGGGCCGGCCGGCACCGGCAAGACAGAGACCACUAAAGACCUGGGCAGGGCGCUGGGGGUCAUGGUGUACGUCUUUAACUGCUCCAAGCAGAUGGAUUAUAAGUCCAUAGGGAACAUCUUUAAAGGCCUGUCUCAGACUGGAGGCUGGGGCUGCUUCGACGAGUUCAACCGCAUCGCCGUGGAGGUGCUGUCAGUGGUGGCGGUCCAAGUGAAGGCCAUUCAGGACGCCGUUCGCUAUAAGAGGAAGAGGUUCUUCUUCUUAGAGGAGGAGAUCAGCUUGAGGCCCAGCGUUGGAGUUUUUAUCACCAUGAACCCAGGAUACGCUGGACGGACGGAGUUGCCAGAAAACCUCAAAGCGCUCUUCAGGCCGUGUGCCAUGGUGGUGCCGGAUAUGGAGCUGAUCUGUGAGAUCCUGCUGAUGGCUGAAGGCUUCCUGAGUUCCCGGCCGCUGGGCAGGAAGUUCAUCACCCUGUACAGCCUCUGCAGAGACCUGCUCUCCACACAGGACCAUUAUGACUGGGGGCUGCGCGCAGUCAAGUCUGUCCUGGUGGUCGCUGGUGCUCUGAAGAGAGCGGACACGGCCAGGCCGGAGGAUCAGGUCUUACUGCGAGCUCUGAGAGACUUUAACGUGCCAAAGAUGGUGACGGAGGACGUGCCGGUGUUUCUGGGUCUGCUCGGCGAUCUGUUCCCCGGCGUGGAGGUGCCGAGGCGGACGGAUCCGGAUUUUGAGCAGCUGGUUCGGCAGAGUGCCCUGGAGCUCCGACUCCAGCCUGAGGAUCCCUUCAUCCUCAAGGUGAUUCAGCUGGAAGAGCUAAUGAGUGUCCGUCACUCUGUGUUUGUGGUGGGAAAUGCUGGCUCAGGGAAGAGUCAGAUCCUGAGAACUCUCUAUAAAACCUACUUCAACAUGAGAAGGAAGCCUGUCUGGAACGACCUGAACCCCAAGGCCAUAAGCACAGAUGAGCUAUUCGGGUUCGUCCAUCCAGCCACUCGGGAAUGGAAAGAUGGCUUGUUGUCCAGCUUCAUGCGUGACCAGGCCAGUAACCCUCACCCCGGGCCCAAGUGGAUCAUUCUGGAUGGAGACAUCGACCCCAUGUGGAUAGAGUCUCUGAACACAGUCAUGGACGACAACAAGGUGUUAACUUUAGCCAGUAAUGAGAGGAUUCCGCUCACAUCUUCAAUGAGGUUGGUGUUUGAGGUCAGUCACCUGAGGAACGCCACGCCUGCCACGGUGUCCAGAGCUGGAAUCUUGUACAUCAACCCACAGGACCUCAGCUGGAACAUGUGUGUAAACAGCUGGAUUGACAGGAGGCAGCGACAGACUGAGCGAGCUCACCUCACCAUCCUGUUCGACAAGUACGUCUCCCGCUGCAUGGAGCACAUGAGGAGCUCAGCAAAGACCAUCACGCCCAUCCCAGAGAGCAGCAUGGUGCAGACUCUGUGUUCCUUGCUGGACGGUCUGCUGACCCCAGAGAACAUUCCAGCUGACUCUACACGUGACGUCUAUGAGACUUACUUUGUGUUUGCCUGCAUCUGGGCUUUUGGUGGGGCUACAUAUCAGGAUCAGGCUCGUGAUUACAGGGCGGAGUUCAGUCAGUGGUGGGUUAAAGAGAUGAAGAGCGUUAAGCUGCCGGCCCACGGCUCCGUUUUCGACUUCUACCUGGACCCCCAGACCAGACGCUUCUCACCAUGGAGCGACAAAGUGCCCUCAUUUCAAAUGGAUCCAGACGUCCCUUUACAGGCUGCGCUGGUGUCCACAACAGAGACAGUGCGGCUGCAGUUUGUGAUGCGUCUGCUGCUGCAGUGCUCUCAGCCUGUGAUGCUGGUUGGGGGGACGGGGACAGGGAAGACCGCCGUGGUCAGAAACCUGCUGGACUCUCUUUCAGACGACUUCCUGACGGUCAACGUGCCCCUGCACUACUACAGCACCUCCUCCGGUCUGCAGAAGCUGUUGGAGAAGCCACUGGAGAAGAAAGCAGGCAGGAGCUACUCUCCUCCAGGGAGCAAGAGACUCGUGUACUUUAUCGAUGAUCUGAACGCGGCGGCUGCCGACAGAUACGGCACGGUCCAGCCGCACGCACUCGUACGGCAGCAUCUGGACUAUAAACACUGGUACGACGGUCAGAAAAUGUCUCUGAAAGAGAUUCACAACACACAGUACGUCACCUGCAUGAAUCCACGAGCAGGAAGUUACACCAUUAACCCCAGGCUGCAGAGGCAUUUCUCUGUGCUGGCGGUGAGCAGCCCCAGCUGGGAGGCUCUGAACUCCAUCUUCAGCUCCAUCCUGGUCCAGCACCUGCAGAGUCAGACGUUCGGCCCGGCCGUACUCGGCAGCGGCCCGGUCCUGGUCCAGGCGGCCAUCGGUCUCCACCAUUCAGUGAUCCGCCACUUCCUGCCCUCUGCCAACAACUUCCUCCACCUCUUCAGCCUGUGGGAUCUCUCCCGGCUUUUCCAGGGUCUGCUCUUCUCCAGGCCGGACCGUGUGAGGCGGAGUUGUGACCUGGUCCGGCUGUGGCUGCACGAGUCCAGCAGGGUGUACUCUGACCGGUUCUCUGACCCGGCGGACCAGCGGCUCUUCCCCAGGCUGCAGGCAGGCGCUGCUCGACAGGCCUUUGAGGUUCUGGAGGAGCAGCUUGUGUUCCAGGAGCCUCUGGUUUACCUGCACAGCCGUGACGGUGCUGGAGAACCUGUCUACGGUCCUGUAGGGGGAUGGAAGCAGCUGAGCAGCAUCCUGACCAAUGCCCUGGAUACAUACAACCAACUUCACUCCACCAUGAACCUAGUGCUGUUCCAGCAGGCCAUGCUGCACGUGUGUCGGAUCAGCCGAAUCUUGGCAUGCCCUCGAGGCCACGCACUGCUGGUGGGGGUAGGCGGCAGCGGGAAGCAGAGUCUGACCCGUCUAGCCGCUCACGUCUCCGACAUGGACGUCUUCCAGCCCACGGUUCACGAGAGCUACGGCCUCCAGGACCUGAAGGUGGAUCUGGCGGAGCUCUGUUUAAAGGCUGGAGUGAAAAACCUCCCCACGGUUCUCCUGCUCACAGACGCUCAGAUCCCUGAUGAACGGUUCCUCGUCAUCAUCAGCGCCCUGCUGUCCUCAGGUGAGGCUCCAGAGCUGCUGAGUGAGGAGGAGGUGGACGGAGCGAUGAAGGCAGUGAGGAGGGACGUGCGAGCUCUGGGCCUGCUGGACAACGCGGAGAACUGCUGGAGGUUCUUCGUAGAUCGCGUCCGUCAGCAGCUCAAGGUGGUGUUGUGUAUGUCUCCAGCAGGAGGCGCUCUGCGUGUUCGAUUACAGCGUUUCCCAGCUCUGCUCAGCUGCACCACAACUGACUGGUUCCACGAGUGGCCACAGGAGGCGCUGCACUCAGUUAGCCUGUGUUUCCUACAGGAGCUCCCGACUGUUCAGCCGGCCGUUCAGGAGCCCAUCAGUCUUUUCAUGGCUCACAUUCACACCAGUGUCAAGCAGGCCAGCGAGCGCUACAGGCAGAGCGAGCGCAGGCACAACUACAGCACACCCAGAAGCUUCCUGGAGCUGCUGAGGCUGUACGGGAACCUGCUGGAGGAGACAGACCAGCAGCUUCAGGAGAAGCUGAGCAGACUGCAGGCAGGCCUGCAGAAACUGAAGACCACCGCCACGCAGGUCGAGGAGCUGAAGGCGAAGCUGAACUCUCAGGAAACUGAGCUGAAUCUGAAAAACGAAGCCGCGGAAGCGUUGAUCGCCAGAGUCGGCCGUCAGGCGGAGAGAGUGAGCUGGAAGAGACGGGACGCAGAUCUGGAGGAGCAGAAGGUCGCAGCGAUCCAGGCUGAGGUGACUCGGAGACAGAGGGACUGUGAGAAUGACCUGGCUAAAGCUGAACCGGCUCUGGAGGCAGCCACUGCCGCUUUAGACACCCUCAACAAGGUGAACCUGACGGAACUAAAGACGUUCCCCAAUCCUCCAGACGCUGUGAGUAACGUCCUGGCUGCUGUGAUGGUUCUCUUGGCUCCAUGUGGACGUGUUCCUAGGGAGCGCGGCUGGAAGGCUGCCAGGGUCUUCAUGGGCAAGGUGGACGACUUCCUGCAGGCGCUGGUGGGCUACGAUAAGGAGCACAUCCCUGACCAGUGUCUGACUGUGGUGAAGCAGGAGUAUCUCAACAACCCUGGGUUUCAGCCUCACCUCGUACGCACCAAGUCCUACGCCGCCGCCGGCCUCUGCGCCUGGACCAUCAACAUAGUCCGCUACUACGAGGUGUACUGUGAAGUGGCUCCAAAGCGUCAGGCUCUUUCUCAGGCCAACGCUGAACUGGACAGUGCUACGGCCAAACUGCUCAGCGUUAGGAAGAAACUGGAUGAUCUGGACGGACACCUGCAGAACCUCACGGCUCAGUUUGAGCGAGCGGCGGCCGAGAAGCUGCGCUGCCAGGAGGAGGUGACCCGCACCAGGACGACCAUAGAGCUGGCCAAUCGGCUGGUGGGAGGCCUGCAGUGUGAGAACGUGCGCUGGUCUGAAGCCGAGCUGGAGCUGAAGGCCCAGCAGAAGACCCUGGUUGGGGACGUCCUGCUGGCCGCAGCGUUCGUCUCUUACGCCGGAUAUUUCUCACAGCACUACCGCCGGCAGCUCCUGGAGCUCUCGUGGAAGCCCUUCCUCGGACAGCUGAGCCCCCCCGUCCCGCUGACAGAAGGCCUGGACCCUGUCCUGCUGUUGGCUGACCAGGCCAGCGUGGCAGCCUGGCACAACCAGGGCCUGCCGGCGGAUAGGCUGUCUAUGGAGAACGCUGCCAUCCUGACCCGCAGCCAGCGCUGCCCCCUGCUGGUGGACCCCCAGCAACAGGCCAGCAAGUGGCUCCGUAACCUGUAUGGACCUGGACUGCGAGUCCUGCAGCACAGACAGAACGGGUGUGUGGAUGUGAUUGAGGAGGCGCUGGUCAGUGGUGAAGCUGUGCUGAUUGAGAACGUGGAGGAGAGAGUUGAUCCAGUCCUGCAGCCUCUACUGACCAGAAACACAACCAACAGAGGAAGGUCGAUCAGACUGGGCGGGAAGCAGUGUGAGUAUAACAGCAGCUUCCGGCUCCUUCUGCACACUAAACUGGCCAACCCUCACUUCCCCCCGGAGCUGCAGGCCCAGACCACCCUCAUUAACUUCUCAGUGACGCGAGUCGGGCUGGAGGAGCAGCUCCUGGGUCAGGUGGUCACCCACGAGAGGCCUGACCUGGAGAGGCUGAAGUUGGAGCUGAGCGUCCAGCAGAACGUGUGUCAGAUCGAGCUGAAGCAGUUGGAGGAGGAACUGCUGAACCGGCUCUCCGCCGCUGAGGGAAGCUUCCUGAGAGAUGCAGCUUUAGUGGAGCAGCUGGAACACACCAAGAGCACGGCCACCGUCAUCCACAGCAAGGUUGCCGAGGCGAGAGAGACUGAACUGAAGAUCGACGCGGCCCGAGAGCUCUAUCGCCCUGUAGCACAGAGAGCGGCUCUUCUCUACUACAUCAUUAAAGACCUGCACUGCAUCAACCCCAUGUACCAGUAUUCACUCCAGUCUUUCAGUGCCGUGUUCCACAGAGCGAUCAACCGUGCUCCUCUCCACGAAGACGUGACGGCACGUGUCCACUCCCUCACUGAAGCGGUCACUUAUUCAGUCUUCCAGUACACCAGCAGGGGGCUCUUUCAGAGGGACCGGCUCACCUUCCUGACCCACGCCGCCUUCCAGAUUCUCCUGAUGGAUGGGUCCAUUGAAGCAGAGGAGCUGGAUCUGCUGUUGCGUCUACCUGUAGAGGGCACCAGUGGAAGUCCUGUGAGCUUCCUGUCUACACAGGCCUGGGGAGCCAUCAGGGCCUUGUCGGUUCUGGAGGCGUUCCGGGGGCUGGACCACGAUGUGGAGGGCUCAGCUAAGCGCUGGAGGAAGCUGCUGGAGUCUGAGUGUCCAGAGAGACAGCGCCUCCCUCUGGACUGGAAGAAGAAGAGCCCCAUGCAGAAAUUGAUUAUCCUCAGAGCCAUGCGCCCAGACAGGAUGAGCUACGCUCUCAGGAACUUUGUGGAGGAGAGCCUGGGCUCCAGAUAUGUGGACCCUGGAAAGGUGGAGUUUGAGAAGAUCUUUGAGGAGACCAGUCCUUCCACAACAGUCUUCUUCAUCCUGUCACCUGGAGUCAACCCCCUGAGAGAUGUGGAGGCGCUGGGGCUGAAGCUGGGCUUCUCCACAGAGCAGGGGAACCUCCACAGUGUGUCUCUGGGACAGGGUCAGGAGAACGCUGCUCAGAGAGCUGUGGAGUCGGCAGCUGUGAGAGGACACUGGGUAAUUCUACAGAAUGUGCACUUAGUGGAGCACUGGCUGGGUCGCCUGGGAGACUUAUUGGAGCUCACAGGUCGGGAUGCUGACCCCCAGUACAGAGUGUUUCUGUCCAGCCAGCCCGACCCCAGUCCUGACCAGCACAUCAUCCCCAGAGCCAUCCUAGAGAACUCCCUGAAACUCACCAGCGAGCCGCCCACCGGCCUGAACGCCAGCCUGCAUGCUGCACUGAACACCUUCAGCCAGGACACUCUGGAGGAGUGUUCUCGUGAGCAGGAGUUUAGAGUGCUCCUUUUCUCUCUCUGCUAUUUUCACGCCUGUGUGAGUGAGAGGAGGAAGUUUGGGCCUCAGGGUUGGAACCGCUGCUACCCCUUUAACACCGGAGACCUCACCAUCUCCACCAGCGUGCUCUACAACCACCUGGAGACUCAUUCCAAAGUGCCGUGGGAGGAUCUGUGUUACCUGGUUGGAGAGAUCAUGUAUGGAGGACACAUCACAGACGAGUGGGACAGGAGGCUCUGCAGGACGUACCUACAGGAACUCUUCAACCCCAAACUGUUUGAAGGGGAGCUGUUUCUCUGCCCCGGGUUUCCCGCUCCUCCUGACCUGGACUACACCGGCUAUCACAGCUACGUGGACGAAAGGCUGCCGGCGGAAAACCCGAGUCUGUACGGCCUUCAUCCUAACGCAGAGAUAGAGUUUAUGACCACCACGUCCGACUCCCUCUUCAGGACGCUGCUGGAACUGCAGCCCAGAGACUCUGGAGUGGGAGAGGAAGCAGCGCAGACUUCGGAGGAGAAGGUGAAAGGUGUGCUGGAGGAGCUGCUGGAGAAGCUGCCUGAGGAGUAUAACGUGACGGAGCUCCUGGUGAAGACGGACAGACACGGCCCAUACGUCCUGGUGUGUGUGCAGGAGUGUGAGCGCAUGAACCUGCUGAUCACCGAGAUACAGACGUCUCUCACAGAGCUGCUCCUCGCCCUGAAGGGUGAGUUAAGCGUCUCUCCAGACCUGGAGGCCCUGCAGAUGGCCCUGUUCUAUGACCGAGUUCCAGAAAGCUGGAGCAGACUGACCUUCCCUUCCACCAAAACACUGGCCCAGUGGUUCGGCGAUGUUCUCUCUCAGUGUCGUGAGCUGGACACUUGGACUCAGGACUUCGUGCUUCCCUCUGUGGUUUGGCUCUCAGGCCUGUUCAGCCCACAGUCGUUCCUCACCGCCAUCAUGCAGAGCAUAGCUCGCAAGAACAAGUGGCCACUGGACAGGACGGCUCUGUGUGUGGACGUGACGAAGAAGACGAAGGACGAUUACGGCCACCCACCUCGAGAGGGCGCUUACAUUCAUGGACUCUACAUGGAAGGUGCACGCUGGGAUAUCUCUGCAGGUGUGCUGGCGGAGGCUGUGCUAAAAGACUUAACUCCAGCCAUGCCAGUGCUGUACGUCCGCGCGGUGCCCGAUGACCAGCUGGAGCUGAAGAACACCUACGAGUGUCCAGUGUACCGGACCAAGCUCCGUGGGCCCACCUACAUCCGGAGCUUCCACCUCAAAACGCGCCACCCGCCUGCCAAGUGGGUGCUGGCGGGAGCGGCGCUGCUGCUGUCUGUGUGACU